AUGGAGACGUAUCACGGCCACGUCCGCACCCCAGCGGACGCCAUCAUCCUCUUCGAAGCUUGUCGCAUUGGCCUUCUCCCCCGAGUACAACGACGACUGUCGGAAAAAGAACGUCAGUUAAUCCGCUCAGGGUCAGUUUUUGUCUGGGAUGAAAGGGAGGCGGGUAUGCGAAGAUGGACCGAUGGCAAAUCUUGGAGUGCGAGCCGGGUCUCUGGCAGUUUUCUAACUUAUCGCGAAAUGGAGGGUAAGCGAGGAGGAACAGGUGUGGCACAAACGACAAUGUCAAGAGGGGGCAAGACCCCAGAUAGUGCGCGAGGCAGCGACGACGAUCGGGGGGACGGCGUGGACGAAGGACCUGAUGGCUAUCGAUACAAACCCGACGGAUUGAUGAAACAGUCGUUCAGCAUUACCACCUCGACCGGACAGCAUCUCCAUCUCAUCAGCUAUUACUCAAGAUCGCACCCGUCUGCUGCCAAUCUCCAGCAACCUUCAACAGAUCCGGCCUUACGACAUGUUCGACCCCAGAAGGGUCUCUACCCAGAAUCUACGGUCAACGAUCAGCAGAAUCUUCCUGUCGUGACUCGUGGCCCCAUGGCCGGUGCAGCCUACGUACCUCCGCAUCCGAUGGGGCCGUAUGCUCGCGCCGCUGCUACGCAUGCUCCCCCAUACACGACGUCGUACACGUGGCCACCAACUCCCCUGGCCACCCCGCCUGUUCCGGUUCAUCACUAUCCCUCAUAUCUACCUCCAGUUCCGGCCGGUAGUCAUGUCGCAUAUUCUCAUCAUCAUCAUCCUGCGUCCUUACCUCCUGGUACUCCUCUACCGCCACCUCCGCAGCCCCCCGGUUUGCAAACGCCCCACGAGCGACCAAUUCAUGCGGUUGAGGUUGCGAUGCCUCCGGCCUUGCCCCCAUCGUCUGUACAGAUGCUUGCAAGUCGGUCGCCACGCACACCAGUCGAAGCGCACGAGAUGCUGCAUCGAAGCCCGUCAGAGCUCGCACACCACGCGGAUAUUCGACGUGCAUCUCCGCGCACGCAACCACAUCCUCUGUCACACAGCAACGGCCUUGGCCCGGCUGUGCGGAGCCCCCGGCUUUUGAACCAGCCUCCAUCCAACGCUAUUCAUAUCCCUCCCCCGAGUGCAGUGGUCUCUAAGCCUCUCGAGCCCAAUAGCUCCGGCAUUGCUGUACCCAGCAUUGGUUCUCUAAUGAACGGCGCACCGUCUGGCGGAUUACCCUCAAUCACCGCUCCUCCAGUUCCGGCAACAGGGCGAGCGGAGGGGCCCAAGGACAUCCCUAGCGAGAAGAUCGGAUUCGGUGGGGAAGACAUGCGGGCUCUCAGACAACUUGAUCGAGUUUUCACAGCUUAA